UCGGUGCUGCUACCUUGACAGCUGAGCGGACCGCAGUGCUGUGUCCGUUGCUGUUAACUUACACGCCGAGGUGACCAGCCACGAUGGCCCCCUUCCCGGCUGCUGGUUAAGAUGUUAAUAACUUUGUGCUACGUCUACAUGUGGGUGCGCUUUCACAAGUGCUACUCGGUCCUGAUCCGCAACAGUCUAUCCAGAUUGAACAGCAGCAGCUUCAGCUUUAGCGUCUGCUCCAGCUCGGCCACAGCACCGCCGACUGGAUGCCACACAGCCGCCCGCCGGUGUCCCAGUCCGCUUCCACCCGAGGACAUUGUCUUCCUCCAGCUCGGAGAUAAGGCCGUCUACGUCACGGAGCCUCAGGCAUGUGAUGACAUCAGCAAAUGGACUGUGCUGUUGGGGUCCUCUCUGGUUUGUGGUCCACAAAUAGAGAAUAUUUCAUUCAUCAUAGAAGCUUCAGGACACAGAGUGGGCUACCAUUCUCAUCACAAAUCAAAUAAGAAAGUGCUGAAGUGGUCUGACUACUGUCUUCCUCUUGCCUGUUGCCCCGGCCAGCCGUUCAGGGCGGUGGCUCGGGCCACUGUGGAUAACUUCAGUCGGCUGGGAGUUGCAUUUAUUGAAGAUCGCCUUCAGCUCGACAAUGGACUUCUGCCUUCAAAGAUAGUCCCUGUUGUCCUCCUAGAAUCCACCCUCAGUGAGCUGUUGGAGAAGCAGCGUCCACAGAACCCAAAGACUGUGACGACACGGUGGCUGUGCUCCACCCAGACUGAGGAGGGUGUUGCUAAGCCUUUACCUAAUUACCUGUUAGCUGACCACCAGCACCCACAAUGCCGUAAAGGCAGCCUUCUCCUCACCCCAGAGGCAAAGAGGAGGGUGGAGAAACGACGAGGGUCAGAGCCAUUCCAGAGCACCCAUGAUCUAGGACCUGUUGGUGACUCGGAAGACCAUUCCUUGGGGAAUCAUCACCACAUGGAGGGCCAUGGACACCACCUCCAUCUGUCCAGCUGCCAUGAAUGUUUGGAGAUGGAGAACAGCACCAUCCUCUCUGUCAAAUACGCCUCUGCUGAGAACAUUACAGACCUUCCUGAUGAUAAUUCAGUAGAGUUGGAUAGUGGGGCUGAGACUCUGGAUGAACUUGAGCAUGACGCUGAUGGGUUUUUUGGUCGAAGCGGUAGAUUUGACUGCAAUAGCAAACCGCCAAAUGUUCUUGUGUACACAAAUGGUUGCCAGGAGCGUUUUCACACAGUUCGUCAAUUCCUAUCAGAGUGUAUAAACAUGGAAAACAACAUAAUAUAUCCCCUCCAACCACAGCAGGCUCUGAGCGAUCCAUGGCUGGACAACACUAGGCUCCUGGUCCUGGCGGAGGAGGAAACGUUGACCCCCCAGCUUCAGACCCACUUCCUCACCUACUUGAGCCAGGGUGGCAAAGUCCUGGGGCUAGCCUCCACCCUGUGCCCUGCGGGGCUCUGUCUGGAAGUCAAGGAGAGCCAAAGAGAGAAGGUCAGCAGGCUGAGCUUCACUAAGGAAGACAGCACAGAGCUGGAACUGAGCGUGUUGGCGAGUGGGAAGGUCUACACCAGGGACACUAUGGGAGGAGGGGAAGUGGAGCUGUGGGGGGAGCUGAAAGGGGACGUUCCUCAUCAGAGGGAUAUGGUUAUCGUCAGGGUGACUCACGGAGGGGAUAGUGGGGAAGCUGUCCUCUGCCAGGUCCACCUGGAAACCCCACCUGAGAAUUCAUCAUCGGAAGGUUUUGAUAAACUGAAAGUCAGUAACGCACUGCGUUAUGAAGUCUUGACAGAAAUCCUCAUCUCUCUGGGCCUCAGCUGUGAACUACACCAUACUCCAGCCCCAAGCCCAGUUCACUUGCUGGCCACCUCUCUGAAUGCCAAGGCCAGCUUCCUGAGGUGGAUGGAGACACGAGCGGAUCAAAAUGGCCUCCUCACAUUGCCCAAGACCUCCUUGAGGAUGGUGUCCUUUUCUGAGCUCCAAGAUGGUCCUUUGCUGCCUGAGGGCUCUCUGGCCCUGGUCACCGACUCUUCAGAGUCCCAGAACUGGGCACAGUUCAGUAUGGAGACCUACAGCAAGAACCUGAAGACCAGCCUACUGGGGCACACCCUGCUGUAUGCUGAGAUCGCCACGUCUACCAUGGACCUGUUAGAAGGACUGUCUCUGCACUUACCAAAGGAUGUGGGUUUAAUAGCAGUAGCUGGUCGACAAAGCCAGGGACGAGGUCGGGGCAGGAACGCCUGGCUCAGCCCUCUUGGUUGUGCCAUGUUCACUCUGGGGGUCCAGGUUGAGCUGAGCUCCAGACUCGGACAGAGGAUUCCCUUCCUCCAGCAUCUGGCUGCUCUUGCGGUAGUGGAGGCUGUUCGCACUCUGCCUGGAUACCAGGACAUAGACCUGACAGUGAAAUGGCCCAAUGACAUCUACUACAGUAAUCUGAUGAAGCUCGGGGGAGUACUGGUGACUUCCACUGUAAUAGGAACAACCUUUCAUCUGCUCAUAGGUUGUGGGUUCAAUGUGACAAACAGCAACCCAACAGUUUGCAUCAAUGACCUGAUCCAGCAGCACAACAAACAGCAUACCUGCAGUCUGCAGCCGCUCAGCUGUGCCCAGCUCAUUGCUCGCACCGUCAGUUGUCUGGAGCUCCUCAUCGACAGCUUCCAACAAGGAGGCCCAGACGCCAUCCUCCCCACCUACUAUAAGAGAUGGCUUCACAGUGGGACUCAGGUGCAUCUCUGGAGUGAGGAUGGACCGGAGGCUGAGGUGGUGGGUCUGGACCACAAUGGCUUCCUCCAAGUGCACAGCAAGGAGCACGGCGUGGUGUCACUGGAGCCUGAUGGAAACUCUUUUGACAUGCUGAAGAACCUGGUGGUCAUCAAGCAGCGCUAGGACCAAACUCAACAAACUACUGAAUCAUCUCAACGCAUUGAGUUAUUUAGUCUGUUAGAAAAUUUUAUAGCUAAAUGAAUGUAUCCAGGUUUUCAAACUGAUUAAUACAUCACUAAAUGUGUUACUGGUUUAGAGAGGAAUUUUCAUUAGCUUCUCCUUAUGCUAACCUGACAUACAUUUGAACUGGCUGGAGUUAUUUGUUGGACAUCCCCUGAUGAUAAGUGGUUUUAAAGGCAGCUUCAUAAAGUGAUGGGUCAAAAGCACAUACUGUACAUCAGUUUGACUGUGACCUGCUGGUUAGGGACCAACUUGUUCUGCUUUCUGGAAGCAAUAAAUGUUCUACCUAUCAUCUGAACAUCCACCCUGAUUUCACUGUUGACAGCAGUGAUCAUUGCAGCUUUUGCUGUUGACGAUUUUCAGCAAAAUAAAGAUUCCCACAGACA